AUCAUAGAAUAUAAUAAAUUAUUCUGUACAUGUCAUAGCUCAUGCUGGAAAUACCUGAAGAUUAUAUGGACAUCUGAAAAUGGGGAGCUUACUUCAACCUCAAAUCAAGGCCUUGAGAGGAUUAUUUUGCAUACUUUUUGUUUUGUUGCUCUGCUGCUUUGGAGGAAAAUGUGAGUUACAGGAAUCAAAACCUUUAGAACCGGUUGAUUCUUCCACUGUCAAACCUUUUCAAAAUCACAAUGACGAACCUCAAGCCUUCCCUGACAUGGAGAGGGAAAACCUACCAGUUUUCACCAUGGACUACCCUCGAAUUCAGGUUCCAUUUGAAUUUACUUUAUGGGUCCUUCUGGCCUCCUUUGCCAAAAUUGGUUUUCACAUUUACCACAAAAUCACCAUCUGGAUCCCAGAGUCCUGCCUGCUGAUUGCUAUUGGCCUUAUUGUUGGUGCCAUCAUGCAUUCAGUCAAAGAGGAACCCCCUGCUGUGCUCAACUCACAUGUCUUCUUCCUGUACAUGCUCCCACCCAUUGUCCUCGAUAACGGCUACUUCAUGCCCACACGGCCGUUCUUUGAAAAUAUUGGCACAGUGCUUUGGUACUCUGUGGUGGGCACACUGUGGAACAGUAUAGGAAUUGGGCUUUCUCUUUUUGCCAUUUGCCAGUUUGAGGUGUUUGGACUUCAAGAUAUCAACCUGCAGGAGAAUUUGCUGUUUGCCUCCAUCAUCUCGGCUGUGGACCCUGUAGCUGCCUUAAAUGUGUUUGAGGACAUUAAAAUUAACGAGCAAAUAUAUAUUGUCAUAUUUGGAGAAGGACUCUUUAAUGAUGCUGUCACUGUGGCACUUUACAGCAUGUUUGUCUUCUUCGCUGACAUGACUGUUGUUGAAUCGACGGACGUGUUCCUGGGAAUCGCCCGGUUCUUUGUUGUGGGCAUCGGCGGCAUCCUCUUUGGCGUCUUGUUUGGAUUCGCCGCUGCCUUCACCACACGUUUUACCCACAACGUCCGUCAGAUUGAGCCCCUCUUCGUCUUCAUGUACAGUUACUUGGCAUACCUGGUGGCGGAGCUGUUUGGCCUCUCCAGUGUUUUGAGCAUCAUAACAUGUGCCAUCACCAUGAAGUACUACGUGGAGGAGAACGUGUCUCAGAGAUCCUGCACCACCAUCCGGCAUGUUGUGAAGAUGCUGGCCACCAUCACUGAGACCCUCAUCUUCUUCUUCCUGGGUGUGGUGACCAUUACCACUGACCAUGAGUGGAACUGGGCCUACAUCGUGUUCACGCUGGUGUUUGCUUUCAUCUGGAGAGGCCUCGGUAUACUGGUGCUGUCCCAGAUCGUCAACCCCUUCAAAACCAUCCCGUUUACUUUCAAAGACCAGUUUGGACUUGCCUAUGGAGGUCUGCGAGGGGCAAUUUGCUUUGCCCUGGCCUUUACUUUGCCUGACACCAUCAACAGAAAGGAUCUGCUUGUAACAGCUUCCAUUGCUAUUAUUAUAUUCACUGUUUUCCUGCAGGGCAUUAGCAUCCGUCCCAUAGUGGAGUAUUUAAAUAUCAGGAGGACCAACAAAGACCUGAACACCAUUAAUGUUGAGAUCCACACCAGAACGAUGGAGCAUGUUAUGUCUGGUGUCGAAGACUUGUGUGGACAGUGGAGUCACUAUUACUGGAAAGACAAGUUUAUGAAGUUCAAUGAUCGCAUUUUGAGACGUAUCCUGCUCCGAGACAACAGAGCCGAGUCCAGCAUCGUGGCUCUGUACAAGAAACUGGAACUGCAGAACGCGAUUGACAUCCUGGACAUGCCUUUUGGUGAUGUCAGUGCAGCGCCAUCUAUUGUUUCUCUGACCGAUGAGAAAAAGGAGACAUCGAGGCCCAAAAAGAAGUUCCUGGCUGCCGACGUGAGAAAAAUGCAUGACAUCCUGUCAAAGAACAUGUACAAGAUCCGUCAGAAGACCAUGGCUUACACCAAUAAGUACAAUCUGCCAGACGACAGCAGAACCAGAGAGAUCCUUAUCCGGCGCCACACCAGCAUCAGACGCAGCAUACGAGCUCAAAGUUUUCGUGAGAGGCAGGCACAAAAUAUCAGUCAGGCUCAGAAGUACUACUCCCUUCAGCCUGGUGGCGACCUGGAGUCUGCGUUUGUCUUGAGACGACGGAGUCAUGGUGGCAGUCAAUUGGACCGGCUCUCGGAUCAUCUCCAAGCUUCUGGUGUCUCUCCUCGCUCCUCCUCACGGUCUAUGCUUCCCACGAACAGGUUAAACACAAUCACGGAGGUUCGGAAUGCAGCAGAUCAGCCUGUUCCGUCUUUUGCCAAACCACAUGCUCCAGAACAGAGGGGUCCUGAAGGUCCCAGCUUCACGGGCAGAGAACCUCCUGUUGCUGCACCAAGGAGACAUAGUUCCAACCGUUCAAAUGAGGAGGAAGGGGGACAGACAGAACCAGUCCCUCCUCCACAGCUUCCCCCACCUCGUGUCUGGAUGCCCGACAACCAGGAUACUGGAGAGAAUGGGGCUGGAAACCCUCUACUGAGGCAGUCAUCACAGGAGUUUGGAGGAUCGAAGAGAUUCUAAUGAACAGAGGAGGACAACAGCACCAGGA